GGUGCUUAAUGCACGAUGUCUUUGGCUGCACGUUGUGUUCUGAACAAAGGCAACCUACUAAAAAGACACCUAUUAGUUGGAUUUGUAACUGGGCAAAAAAGAACACUAAAGAUUGGAAAUGAACUUCCGUCAGUAAACCUUUACGAAGAAUCACCUAAGGAUACUGUUAACAUCCUAGACUUGUUCAAAGGGAAAAGAGGAGUACUAUUUUCUGUGGUGGGCGCCUUCACUCCUGGCUGUACAGAGGUUCAUCUCCCUGAUUACCUGGACCACUAUGAAAAAUUUAAAAAUGAAGGCUAUGACCUUAUCUGCUGUGUAGCUGUCAAUGACCCUUUUGUGAUGUCUGCCUGGGGGAAACAGGUGAAGGCUGAAGGAAAGAUUCGAAUGUUGGCUGACACUCAGGCAGAAUUUACAAGGGCCAUCAGCAUGGAGCUGGACUGCCGGAAAAUCAUGGGCAACAUAAGAUCUAAGCGAUAUUCGAUGGUGGUGGAGAACGGUGUCAUUCAGAGCAUCAACACCGAGCCGGAUAACUCUGGACUUUCCUGUCUAUUGUGUAUCAAAAACUACAGAUCAAACUUUAAACCGGGAUAAUUUCUUUACAAAUCACAUACAGCCAGAAUCAAAUGAUGGCUGUUUGUUUUUGUGUUUAUUUAAACUAUAGUGGUAGCUUUUUGAAAGCUUCUCUCUCACUUUAUUGCAUUUUAUAUCUCUUGUGAACAUAUACAUCGAUAUAGAUACAUUUAUUAUUAAAUUAAUAAUUGAAAAAAGAUCUGACACAAGUUGCUACCGAUGUCGUAAACAUUUAUCCCUGUGUCUACCAGCAUGCUCUGGUUCAAAUGCUGGCAAACGUUGUAGACCCCACGGCUAGCACAGCCUGUCAGAAUGAGUUAAUAUAACAUGUGUGUUCUACAUAAAUAGUCUUUUUCUUUGCCACUUUCAUGAGUUGAAUUUGUGAUAAAAUUUAAUAUUUCAUACAUAAAAAAUCUCUAACCUCCAUAAGUGAUCCAUUCUCUU